CCCUCUCCCAAAUUCUGACCCCUGACGUGGAUUGUAACUGGCCGUGGCUUUACUGACUGCUGUCGUUCUAAAAAUUGCUGUUUGCUUAUGUUAACGUUGUAUUUUUAUUCAAAUUGUUGUGGCAUUUUCAUAAGACAGUUCUGUAAAACCAUAGCGAAUCCACGGUCAGUGUUACCGAAGAAACUAUUUUAGAAUGGGAAUCAAAACAACAAUUUUGUCAUUCCUUGUUGUUGUUGUAGCUUUGUUUUUGACACUGGAAGUGUUUCAGCCCCAGCGUGACUUCUUGUCGUCCAGAAUGAACGACUUUCUUGUCUUAGUACGGUCGUUGGGGUCUGAUUCCAAAAGUAUUCAUAAAGUAUCUAAAAAGACGAGUGCUUCUAGUAAGAUAUUUACGAAGGACGAGUUGGCCACUUUUGAUGGAAGUGAAUCAAGUAAUGGACUGUAUUUGGCUAUUUUUGGAAAGAUUUAUGAUGUAUCCAAAGGUCACCAACACUAUGGCCCAGGUGGAGGAUAUCACUUUUUUGUUGGUAAAGAUGGAACAAGAGCCUUUGUGACAGGAGAGUUUACCAGUACUGGGCUCAUUGAUGAUGUUACAGGAUUAGAACAUAAAGACAUGCUGGGAUUGACAGAUUGGGUCAAAUUUUAUGAAUCAUCUUAUAAAUAUGUUGGGAAAGUUAUAGGAAAUUUUUAUGACAGUGAAGGAAAGCCAACCCCAGCUCUUCACCAAGCUCGAAAAGCCAUUAAGGUUGCUGAAAAACAUAAAAAGGCCGAUGAAGAUGACAGGCAUAUGUAUCCAGCUUGUAACUCAGAAUGGGCUCAAGGCAAAGGAGGACGACUUUGGUGCUCUCCCAUGAGUGGCGGUAUUGAAAGGGACUGGUCAGGUGUGCCAAGGAGGUAUUACAAGCCGGGCAGUACCCAGUCUCGCUGUGCAUGCAUCAAGACAUCUGGCCCACCAUCUGAUAAUCCCUUGUCAAAGGAACACAAAAACAGAGGUGAUCUGGAUAACCCAAAUUUCAGGCUAUAUGAUAACUGUGAUCCAAUGUCAGAUUCAUGCAGAAUUACGUAGCUGCAAAAUCAGACAAGUUCUUGUUUCCUAAAUAAAUAAAUAAAUAAAUAUAAAAAAGCUGACAGCUGCAGAUAUGUUAUUUUGCUUAUUGAGGGGUAUAACUGUGAUAAAGGAAUAAUUGUGAUGUUAGUACAAAUGGGAUGCAGAAGCAAGGACUCGCUAUAUUUGCAGUUUGGUAUGGAAACAAUGUUAACAUUGCAUGAAAUAAAACUUGGGUCCAGUACAUUUCUUUUGUAAAUGUCUGUGAAAAUUUAUGUCAUUUAAUAUUUAUAUCCUGUUCGAAUAAGAUUUGGUGCAAUAUUUUUAAUCAGUAUGCAGGUUUGUUGAAAGAAGAGAUCUGAAUUCUAUACAACCAGAUAUAUAUAUAUAUAUGCAAUAUAAAGAAC